AUGGGCAAAAAGCGGAAGACGAAGGCCGAAGCUGCGGAGGAUGCCAAGAGCCUGAUAUCGGCGCUCUUUGCAGAAACAAAAAAGCUGGGUGAGAAGAAGCCGUUGCGGAAAGACCGCCGAAUAAAGACUACAGUUGACGCCGAAGAGAGCAGGAAAAGCUGCGCCGAAGGGGUUAUCGACACUUUGUCGUCAAAGAAGAUCCGGGCGUCAAAGAAGGCCCAAGCGUCAUUGAACACACUGGCUUUAAAGAAUACAUCGGCACCAGACAAAGUCGCGAAGUCGUUUGAUGAGGAGAUGAAGUUAAAUGGGGUGGGCAAGCGAAUUGAUGGUAAGACAAGGACUUAUACCGAAGAAGGUUGGCCUAUAUAUACGAUGGAAGAGUUGAAACUUGGGCAGGGAGGUGGUACAAAACUUUGCCCUUUUGAAUGCGAAUGUUGUUUUUGA